AUGGCAGCUACACUUGACACCGACUCCAAGAAAGGCGGCCCGCUUGAGGUUGAGCAUGAUGAAGAAUCGGUCAAGGGCGAGGCCGUUGUCUCUGGCGAUUACUCCGGCGCCCAUGAAAAAACGGACCCAGCUGAAAUUGCCCUCGUCCGGAAGCUAGAUCGCAAGAUCAUGCCGAUCCUCUGGGCAAUGUAUUUCAUGAACUACCUCGACCGGAACGCUCUCCCACAAGCUCGAUUGAACACGCUGGAAGAUGAUCUGGGACUCAAAGGAGUUGAAUACAACACUGCCAUCUCUAUUCUAUUCGUUGGAUACCUUCUAAUGCAAGUACCCUCAAAUAUGUUUCUUACACGUACGAGACCAUCAAUCUAUAUGUCAACAUGUAUGAUUGGUUGGGCCGCCAUCUCUGCUGCCACCGCGGGCGUCAAGAACUACAGUGGUUUGGUAGCCUGCCGAUUCUUCCUUGGAUUUGUGGAAGCACCCUUUUACCCAGGUGCUCUUUAUCUACUAUUGAUUUUCUACACGCGGAAAGAGCUUGCAACCAGGAUAUCCGUCCUUUACACUGGUCAAGUUGAUCAAGUCAAGGGAAUUGUAGGUUGGAAAUGGCUCUUCAUCAUCGAGGGCUCGGUCACCGCAUUAAUUGCCGUCUUCGGCUUCUUUCUGCUUCCUGACGACCUCGCUGUUACCCGAUGGCUUACCGAAGAUGAGAGACAGCUUGCCGUUGAACGCAUUCGUCGGGAUACUGUUGGUAGACAAGAGCACCCCAAAACUUGGCUGUUCUGCGCUUGCCAGAAUUUCCAUAUUUCUGCGGUCAGCUUCAACGCAUACUUUCGGACCCUUGUGCGUACCAUGGGCUUCAAGUCUACUACGGCUCUUCUCCUAACGGCUCCUCCCUACUUCGUCUCCGGUUUUCUUGGUAUUCCAUUCGCAUGGUCGAGCGGAAGAUUCAACGAGAGAACCUGGCACAUCACAGCUGGUCUAUCUCUUGCAGUCGUCGGAUUCGCCAUGACGAUUGGGACUACCAACAACGCCGUCAGAUACGCAGCAACUUUCUUAUAUGCGACAGGUGCCUACUCCGUAGGAUCUCCCAUCUUGGGAUGGGUUAGCGAUACCUUGUCGCAGACACCUGAGAAGAAAGCUGUUGCAUACUCCUUAGUCAACGUCACGGCCAAUUUGGCGUACAUCUAUUGCGCCUACCUUUGGCCCAUGUCGGAUGGGCCCAGAAAGCUCAGGGAGAGUGAGAAUGAGAACGUGAAGCUCUAUGCUUACUGA